AUGCAACUGCUUAGAACUGCCAUUAUUUGGGUCUGGCUUGCCGUUGCUGGACCCAAUUGCUUCCUUUUCUUCGCCACUGGCCAUCAAGUCCAAGUUAAGAUACCCUUCUGGGAUGUGGGAGGCGUAAUCAAACAAGUAACUGGUUACAUGACAGGGCAGGACUCAGGACACCUUCCAAAGAAAAAGGAUCGACCUCAUCAUGAAGAUUAUUGGCCCUAUGCAUACUACGAUCCGGCUCUAAUGUAUCCACCUUAUUAUUACCCAUACCCGCCAUAUCCACCACCAACGUAUCCGCCAAUACCAACAAAAGGACCAACGAAAGGACCAACGAAAGGACCAACGAAAGGACCAACGAAAGGACCAACAAAGAAGCCAACUACCAAAAAACCACCAGAGACGACUACAAAGGAACCACCUGCGACGACCACAGAACCUGAGACAACUACAACAGAACCCACGACUAUAAAACCCGUAACCACAACGGAGGCCCCUACCCAAACAACAACGGAGGCCCCUACCACAACAACAACGGAGGCCCCUACCCAAACAACAACAGAGGCCCCUACCACAACAACAACGGAGGCCCCUACCCAAACAACAACAGAGGAGGCUGAGACAACCACAACCGAGAGUGAUUCUGAUGAAACCACUACGAGCACACCUGCGCGGGAUCUCUGCCAAAUUUAUCCCCUUCUUCCAGAGUGCCGGAUUAUCAAGUCGGUGCACCCGACGAAGAGCAAGAAACCCCAGAACAAUGUCCUUCAGCCUGAUCACAAGCUCUCCAUUAACACCGAACCGCACCCAGUAACGUCUCUCUGCUUCUAUUAUCCUCGACUUUGUAUGAAGCCGGAGGAAGCUCAGUUUGUGAGUUUAUCGGACGAAAAUGGCAAACCUUUGCUGCUAAUAUCUCCGGCAGAGAAGAAGUCAACUCACUCCAAAGGGUAG